AUGGACCUGGACGAGGGGCUGCGGCGGAGCAACGCCCGCUUCCGGGCCUGUAUCAACGGCAUCUUGGAGCGGUAUAAUCAUCCUUUUGAAGAUGAUUUACUCAUUUCCAUGGAAACUCUUACUUACAAUACGCCUGAUGGACCAAAACAAUGGACGGAAGUGUCAACCAAGAAACUUAGACAAUGGAAGAAGGAAGUACUUCAGCGUAAUAGAAAUCAAAGGAAUGCAGAUAUCUCAAAACAACAGACUUCUGAAGCAACAGAUUUUGAAGAUGGACAUUCAACAAUACAUCAGUUCCCCACGUGUAGUGCAUUAUUUUAUGAAAGAUGUGUCUUUACCUACCAGGUGUCUCCUGAGGAAUCUCAUGUGGAUGCAUCUGACAUAGAUGAAGAAAGUGAUGCUGAUAUAGUUUCAGUAAGAAGAAAAUUUGAAGACAUUCACUUCCAGAAUGCGUAUGUACAUGAUGAGAAUACUCAAGAGAAAGGAACCAUUCAACUGGAUGCGCUAGUGCAAGACGAUGCUAGAAAAAUUCCCAAAUGGAUUACGAGAGUACCUCAAGAGGUGUCAGAAGGUCCUCAUUUAGCUUCACCACAGCAAGAACUUAUUGGCAACCAAGUCGCUGUUUGCAGAGAGAAAGUAGAGUUGUCAAAUAAAUAUUUUUCAUCCAGACCUCUACAGUUACAAUUUUCUGCUGUUCACAUUUCACCAAAUACAAUAACCGUACCCAGGCAUCGACCUUCUCCAGAACUGAAUAAAACUUGCUAUGAUAGUAUCUUGGAAGAAUACCAGUCUGCAGAUGAGGAAUGCUCCUGGAGCAAUGUAACUCUUGCAGACUUGUAUCCGGCGAUGGUAGAGGUACUUACAAGGCUCAUGACAAAGCAAUCUCAGAGAAGAGCGUUAAAAUACAUAUUUGGACAAUUAAGGCACAGAAGAUGGCAUUCUAGAAGACCAAAACUCAAUGUCACUGUAGACAAAAUAAGAAGGUUCAGACCUCUCAAACUGAAGAAUGCACUACCCAGCAUAUGCAGCAGUAGAAGUGAAGACAUCCAGAAUCAAACUUUCAUAAAUGAGAACAGAGAACUUUGUGAUGACAAGUGUUCCAGUAAUAAUUUAUCUGGUCUAGUACCUUAUUCUUACAUUGAUACAAAUGAAAUCAAAAUGGACUACUCUUCCUCAAGUUUAGAACAUCAUUUGGUAUCUGGAAAAGGCCAGAAAGUCUCCAAACAGACUUUUCCUAAUGAUAUGGCUAAAAUGGGAGAGACAUUUCUAGUUGAAGAUGAGUCACAGACUACUGUCUCGCUGAAGAAUUCAAAAUGCAAAGAAAGUGAAAAAUUGGCUUACAAAUGUUCCUCAGAAUACCAUUUUAUAACACCUGCUGCCAGUUCAGGGUCAACAGCACUUCAUCUGGAAAAAGAGAGUAAAACUCAAAAAAUUGACUUUCUUUGUGGUGAUACCUCAGAGUUGUGUUCAUCUACUUGCAGUUCCUAUGGCAAUAGUAACACUUUUACACCCGUCACAAACUGUUCUCUUGCAAGAGCAUCAAAUACUUUGCUCAUAAAUCCUGAAAAAAUAAUUUCUGAGGGACGAAUUUCUUCCCAGCGCAAGCACUCAUUUUCUUCAUUGUCUGUGGUGCAGAGUCCUUCAAAGAUGCCUCAUAAAUACAAAGAUGCAUUUGAAAAACUCUACUACAAACUGUGUUCCAAAGACAUCCAGAAGCCUUUGAUAUUGACAAGACCUCUUUCAAAUUCACAGAACCUUGAAGAGAAAGGAAGAUUAGUGAAGAGUAAUUUAAGUGAUUCUGUGAGGUCCAAUAUGCAGUUUGGUAGAGAAUUUGACACCAUCUAUGAGCAAUUGUGUAGUGAGACUGUUCCAAAACUUCCUGUGUUUCAGAGAGCUUCAAAUUUAAGGAAAUACGAAGGGAUACACAUGUCUGAAACUGUAAAUGCUCUUGUUAACUCACCUGUUCGAACUUUAUCUGCAAUUCCCAGAGUUAAAAGACUAGGAAAUUUUCAAAAUGAUCUUCCUUGUUCACCAGUAAAGAGACUGAAAAAUAUACCAGAACAUUACUUUCCUUCAACAAAAUGUCAACAGACUUCUCACAGAAAAAAUGCUAAUCUUCAGACAGUUGGCAUGGAUUUUUUGAGCACAUACAGUUGCAGUAACCCCAGCUUUUUUGACAGUCUCAACUGUCAGAGUCAGGACUCUGGAUUUCAUGUUUCUUCAGAUAAAACUUUUCUUGCUAUUCCUGGUACUUCCCUACAAGAAUCUGGGAUUGCAGAUGGCCAGUCUGUUCGGUUCUCAGCCAUGAAGAAUUACAGCUGUCCCAAAAAUGCACAGAAGAGUCACCAAGGGGUAUCCAGAAAACUAAGUUACACUGAUGAGAGAGACCAAAAUCCUAGCAAUUCCUUGGAUGACUUCUAGAUCAAAGCUCACCAAGAAGCACUCGUGGAUGACUACAUUGAUUUUUAAAGUUUGGUUUUGUUUUGUUUUUCUUUCCUCUUCCAAGAACCAAGGAUGUGUUUUAUAUAUAUACAUAUGUAAUACACAAUUAGUCCUGACUUAUACGUCCCUGUAGGAUAAAUCUUCAGGAACUGAUUUGUCCCUUCUGGCAGGGCACUUCUUACUCCUUUGGCUUCAUCAGGUAUUGCAGGGAAUCACAGUUGUUUUCUAUGGCCAAGUUUAAAUUACGUAUUUAGUAGUGUUUAUAAUAACAGAAUGUGAUCUGUAUUAACUUUUAAUCUGCUGAUAAGCUUUGAUUCUUAACGUAUUAAUAAUAAGUAACAAGCUCUUUCUGCUGCAUUCCUGCCUAUUCAUGCUUUAUAGAUGUAUCAGCAUUAAAUGAAAAAAUCUAAACUGGGCUGGAUGAUGCAACUGCAGUAUUAUAUGUUGCGACUUGUAAUAUGCCUGCAAUUAAAUUUUUAUGUUAAAUUUUCUAAGUCACUCACCAACGCUG